AUUAAAAUUUAUGAAUAAUAUAUUUUUAUAUUAAUGUUCCAAGUUUUCAAUAUAAUUCUGCAGUCUUAUAAAAAUCAAACACUUGAUUGAAACUGCACGUAUGUACUAAUCGUGUAACAUUGUGGUUGUAACUCAUUUGUUGCUCAAUAACUGUUUUAUUCGUAAGAAUUAAUAACAAUUUAGUAAUUUUAUACUAUCAAACAUAUAGAAUAAGAAGAUUGUUGUAAAAAUAGUAAUACGUAUUGAAAGGCAAAAAUGUUGCGAAGACAAGCGCGGCUUCGUAGAGAAUAUCUCUAUAGAAAAUCAGUUCAAGAUAAAUUAAAAAGCAUACAAGAAAAGAAAGAGAAACUGAAACGUAGUUUGGAAGAAAAUGUACCAAUACAUCCAGAUCUGAGAAAAGACGCGUUGCAGAUACAUAGAAAAUUAGAAUGGGAAGAUGCGGGUCCAGAACUAGCUGUAAGCAUAGGAACAGAGAUGGGAGGAACUUUAGGCUCUCACGAAGAUGACGAAUAUCGAUGGGCUGGAGUAGAAGAUCCAAAAAUUGUGAUUACAACGUCUCGUGAUCCAAGUUCUAGAUUGAAAAUGUUUGCCAAGGAAUUACGUUUAAUAUUUCCUAAUUCUCAAAGAAUGAAUCGAGGAAACUAUGAAAUGAAACAACUUAUACAUGCCUGUCGUGCAAAUGAUGUUACAGAUUUUAUAAUUGUUCAUGAACACAGAGGUAUACCUGAUUCUCUUAUCAUUUGUCAUCUGCCAUACGGACCUACGGCAUAUUUCACAAUGUCAGAUGUUGUUAUGAGGCACGAUAUACCCAAUAUUGGGACAAUGUCAGAACAAUAUCCUCAUCUCAUUUUUCACAACUUCAAAACAAAGUUGGGUAAUCGAGUUACGAGUAUUUUAAAAUACUUGUUCCCUGUACCAAAGGAAGAUAGUAAAAGAAUAAUCACUUUUGCUAAUCACGACGAUUAUGUAUCUUUCCGACAUCAUACUUAUAAGAAAAUCAAUGGGAAGGAUAUUGAAUUAACAGAAGUUGGACCCAGAUUUCAGUUGAAAUUAUAUGAAAUUAAAUUAGGAACUUUAGAUGCUGAAACAGCUGCGGAUACUGAAUGGGCUCUGAGGCCCUACAUGAACACUACCCACAAGCGAAGGUUUUUAUCUAACGAAGAUGGAUGGCAACAGGAAGAUGAUAUUUAACUUUUCAAUACUUAAAUAAUUCGAAUAAAUUUUAUAACAUUGUAAAUAAUAAAUUUGUACACCAAA